AUGGCCUCUUCAAAAGAUUCCGGUAAAUUCAGCGAUUUUGUAAAACUAUGCCAAGACAUUGAAGAUGUUUCCUCACAUACCGAGAAAACAAGUGUCAUGAAGGACUUUCUUGAUGAUUUCAAAGGUGAUAUCUAUCUUCUCUACAAAUUAUUAUUUGCCAAGGAAGAUAAACGAAAAUUCAACUUGAAAGAUAAAAAGCUCGUUGAAAUUGCAGCUUCGGCAUUCGGAGAAGAUCAUGAUGAAAUGUUAGAUCAUAUGGACUCGAAAGGAGAUGUCUCUGAAACAUUGAAAAAGUAUUUGGUGAGAAGUGGAAAUGCAAGAGAUAAGGGUGUUGUGAAUUUGAAACAAGUGGAUGAUUUUCUAGAGAAAUUGACCACGAUCACAACAAAAGAUGAUCAAACAAAGGCUUUUGAGAAGUUUGUGAUUGGAAAUUUGACUGGAGAUGAAAUGAAAUUUAUGACUAGAAUUAUUUGUAAAGAUUUGAAGAUUAGAGCUGGGCCCAAGUUCUUAUUGGCAGCUCUCAAUCCCGAUGCUUACUCAUGCUACAUUUUAACUCAUGAUCUCAAGCAAAUUAUCGAUGCAGUUACAAACAAACAAGAUUUGAAAAAUCCUUCAUUGACCGCACAAACACAAACACUCGAUAUUGAUACUCUCAUUCGAGAUGCAGGAAGUGACGAUGAUAAUGAUAACAAGUUCAAUAUGAACAUUUCAGAUGACGAAAGUGAUGAUGCCAAGCCAAUUUCCAAAAAGAAGAAGGACUCAAAAUCUGAUGGAGCAUCUAGCUCAAAGUCUGCUUCAUCCAAACCAUCCUCUAGUAAGAAAUCAAAGAAAGAUUCCGAUGAUGAGGCCAAAGAUGAAGACAAUGACGACAACGAUGAAGAUAUUGACAUUGGUGAAAAUAUCGAUGAUAACGAAGAGGAAAAACCUGAAGACUUAUUUGAUGAAGACGAAGAUGCAUCAUCAAAGAAAAAGAAAACUGUACGAAAAACGGCAAAAAUUAAGGCAAAAAUGGUAUUAUUUAGUCCUGUGAAACCCAUGUUGGCAAGACCAAGCAAGACUUAUGACGAUGUGAUCACUCGAUGUCCAAAUGGAUUUUACUGCGAAUUGAAAUAUGAUGGUGAAAGAAUUCAGAUUCACUACGAUAGAACGAAGGACAAGAUCAAAUAUUUUAGUAGAAAUUUGAAAGAUGUUCAAGAUUACAAAAUAGAAUCUGUCAAAAAGUACAUCUCAAGAGCUAUUAAGGACAAGGUUGACUCAGUCAUUCUCGACGGUGAAAUUCUCAUGUAUGAUACAAAGAAAAAGAAACCUCUUCCAUUCGGUACUCUUGGAAAGAAAGUGAGACAAGAUCAUCCAAAUGCAGUAACAGCUAUUUAUCUUUUUGAUAUUUUGUAUUAUAACGGAAAAUCAUUACUUUCAGUUCCAAUUUACAAGAGAAAAGCUUUACUUUCAAAGAUUGUCAAUGUGGUUGAAUCAAGAGUCAUGCUUGGUGAACAUGUGGUCGUGAAAGGACCAAAAGGUACUCGAGAAGCUCUUGUUGCAUCCAAAAUGCAAGAAAUGAUCUCUGAGGGAGAAGAAGGUCUAGUGUUCAAAGAUUUGUGUUCUCCCUACGAACCCAAUGCCAGACAUUGGCUCAAAAUGAAAAAAGACUAUCUUCAAGGAAUGGCAGAUAGUGUGGAUUUGGUCGUUUUGGGUGCAUAUUUAGGUACAGGGUCAAAAGGUGGACUUAUGAGUGUCUUCAUGAUGGGUUCUUACGACAAGAAGGAAGGAAAAUGGAAAAUUAUUUGUAAAUGUGGUAAUGGACACGAUGAUGCCACAUUGGAAGCAUUGAAUGAAGAGUUGAAACCAAAUAUGAAGAGAAUUAGUAAGGAUCUAUCUCAAGUUCCAGACGAUAUUGAUAUUCAUACCAAUGCUCUUGUUCCUGACUAUAUUGUGAAGGACAUUUCAAAGAGUGUUGUUUGGGAAAUUACUGGAGCUGAAUUUAGUGUUUCCUCUCAAAAGGACCGACCUAUUUCCAUUCGUUUCCCAAGAGUCACUAAAAUUAGAGAUGACAAGGAUGUUGACGAUGCCACCAAUUAUCAAGAACUUUUGAAACUUUAUCAAGCCUCCACAAGAAAAGGGCCUGUUGCACUCUUUCCAAAGAAAGGAAAAGAUGAUGACGAUGGUGACAACAGUGACGACAGCGUUGAUGUGAAAGCAGGAAGCAAAAAGAGAAAGGCGAGAUCCAAGAAUUCUAAAGACGACUCUGAUGAAGACAAUUCUAACAACUCUGAUGAUGACAAACCAGCAAGAAACAAACAGACAAACACCACAACGAAGAGACAAACUAAAAAUUCAAACAAAAAAUCUGGCUCAGAUCAUGACACCGAUGAUGAUGGUGACACUGCACCAAGUAAGAAGAAAACCAAACAAGCUUACACCAAGCUGACAGCAAUUAAGGAUAUUCCAGAUUCGAAAAAUCCAGAAGAAAUUUGUUAUAUAUAUGGAGAUUUUGGAGGAGUUCCUGCCAAUAAGGAAAAGAAGUUCAUUGCUCACUGUGUCGAUGACAGUACUCGAUGGGGUGACAAGGGUUCUAUGGGUAAUAUUGUUCUUCUCUUUGGAGAGGCCAUUAUGAAGGCCUACCUUGAUGACAUGAACACUGUUGGAGAUGUUCAACUUGCCAUUUCUCAGAGCAAUUAUUUAUCCAAUCUCAUUUGUUUACAAUUUGUUCAAAAAGGAGCACCACCAAAAAUUGAUUAUUCCUCUUUCGAUGAAUGUCUCAAGAAAUGUGCCACCUACAUGGUUGAAAAUGACAUCAAAACAUUCCAUCUCUUCAGAUUGCACUAUGGAAUUAGUGGUUUAGAUUGGUCCCGUUGUGAAAAAUUAUUGAAAGAAAAUUUGACCAAUAAGGGUAUUUCUGUCUAUGUGUACACAAAAGAUCGUGACGAUAAGGAUCGAGUGACUGAAAGCAAAGAAAAGCUCAACAAGAAGAAGGACGUAGACACAAACAAUGAAGCUGCUACUGUUGCUUCGAGCGAUUCUAUCAAAGAAGAGGACAAGAUGGAUGUAUCGUCUGAUGUGAAAUCACAAGUGAUGGCUACAACUUUGCAAUCCUCCCGACAGGACAAGCCAAACAACAAGACAACAAGCACUUCUUCUUCACAACCCAUCAUGAGUAACACUGUUUCAGAAAGUCAUACAGUAGCAGGCAAUGGUAGAUUAUUCUCUGGAGUGAUUGCCUUAAUUUCUGGAUAUCCUCAACGUGUGACAAGUGAAAUUUCAGAACUGAUUGUGAAAAAUGGAGGACAGGUCACUCAACAAUGGAAUUUAAUUGGAGAGGAUGCCAACACUCAUCUCAUUACGGAAACCAAAGAUGACACUUUUAAUCAUUGCUUCCAUCUUGGAGCAUGCAUUGUGGCCAAGUCAUGGAUUACGGCAUGUGUUACACAAGGAAAACUUGUUGAAACGAAUGAUUAUGUUUUUCCAUUACUUGUGAAGGAAAGUAAGCAAAUAUCGAAACAAUCGAAUGUGUUGGCUUCAUUGUCCUCAAGUGCAACGACAACAACAAAAACGCAGCUGAAAUCGAACAACAACUCUUCUGCUCUAGCUGUGGCCACUCUUGUUGAUUUAUUCACAGAAUUUGCAAUUUAUCUUCACAAAGACAUUCCAAGUAAGAAAAUGCAUACGAGAUAUAUUGUUGCCUACGAUGGAGAGGUGUAUCCAACAUUUUGCGACGAAGUGACACAUGUGGUGACUGCUGCAAAACAAUUGAAUGCAGAUGCAUCACUCUCUCACUUCAAGAAACAGAACCCAGGUGUGAAAAUUGUGUCCUCUGAAUGGAUUUGGCACUCUAUCAAUUCUGGGCAGUUGAUUGAUUAUCGCUUUUAUGAAUUGAAGUAA